AGCGCCGCCUGUGUUGUUAUUGGUGUCAUUCAUCGUCCCGUCGCCUUUCUCCUGAGAGCGUUUUUUCCUCACUGAGCCGACGCGCCGUCAGCGUUAUGGAUACUGGUACUACCAUCCUGCGGGUGAAGCGGAAGAGAGGCACGGACCCCGCGGACGCGCUGCUGCUCGCCUGUAAGCGGAUCCGGGCCGAGUCCGGCACCACGCAGCCCGAACCCGAGCCCGAACCCGAGCGCGCGCGCAUCGAGAACUCGGUGUUCAAGCUCGUGGCAACGGUCGCCUCACAGGACGCCCCAGUGCAGACACACGUGCGUGAGGCUCUUUCACGUCCACGUCUCACACAUGCCCUGCGUCCGUCUCACGGCAGCUCCAACAGGAUCAUCGGAGACUUGCGUAACGCCAAAUGGAGCACCAGGCGAGAGGAGAGAUACCGGAUCCUCUCCAGCCACCGUGCCGGGCUUCCUGCAGAACCUCGUAAAGAGAGAGAGCCUGAAGGAAGUGCUCGGACAGACACGGAGCCUCGCUUGGGGGACGUACAGGUGUUUGAUAUUGUUCAGGAGGAUGUUGAGGAGGAUGAAAAAAAUCCUGAGAAGAGCGGGAAGUCUGAUCCCGAAACAAUUCUGUGUAACUCGGUCAAGAUGAUACGCGAGAAGCUGAGUGUGUCAGCGCAUGGACCUGGGACUGAACAUCGUGAGAAGGAGGAUGACUAUGUUUACGAUUUAUACUACCAGGAGACCGCCACGCCUGGCUGGAUUAAGGACAUUUUAUCGGUCAGACCCUACUCUGAAGAAGGAGAACUGGUGCCUGAUGAAGUUGCUCGGGAGGAGGAAGUGUAUGAGGAUGAGGACGAUGAAAACGAUGAAAGCAACUGGAGGAACGAUUACCCAGAUGAGGAGGACAGCGACGAUGAGAAUAAUGAUGAGCGAUACGCCGGUUGUUUUAGUGAGGAGCACUCGUACAGCCGGAGGAGCUGGGAGCAAUAUCAGAGAGAGGUGAUGGCGUUUAAUGAAGAUGAGGGGGAAGAUGAGGAGAGAGAAUACGAUUCUGAUUGAGACUGUAUACGCGUGUGUGUGUGUGUGUGUGUGUGUGCGCGCGUUUACACCUGUAAUGAUGCCGUGUUUGUGUGGCAGUCGAUGCGUUUAAAUUCUGUAGAUUUGUUUUGAAUUGUGUUAGGGAGAUGCGAUGAUGCCUUUAGUGAGUGAUGUGCAUGAUAGAUCAGGUGUGUGUGUAGCGAGUUGUGUUGUGUGCAUAAACAUUCCCAAAAAAAAAAAGGGGGGGGGGGGGUUCUGUAAAUAUGUAGAUGUGUAUAAACCUGAAUAAAAACAAAAACAAACUCUGAAAA